AUGGUAACUGCUACAAGGACACAUAAGAUAGUAGGAUUACGGAACGGAGGUGUUAAUAAUCUGCAAGUUCCGACAUCAUCUGAUGACAAUGAAGAGUUAAUAGAAUGGAAACGUUUCUCACCCUCGCCUUUGCCAUCACCUCUUGAAGCCGGAAUCCAUGAAAUCAAAUCGCACCCUCCCGUUUCUCCUCCUCCGUCUUCGUCGUUGUUAGAGCCUCCAUUCUUUCCGACAACGGUCUUUAUCAUCUACACAUGGUUCGUUUCUAGGUCGAUCGCUCAACAACCCUUUGUGAAAUCGAUUUUCCAUAACCUUGUUGGAAGGCAGCCACAAAUUGAAAGAGUUACUCAAAUUCUGGGAAGACGUACAAAAAACAAUCCCUGCCUCAUUGGAGAACCCGGUGUUGGAAAGACUGCUAUUGCAGAAGGUUUUGCCCAAAGAAUUGCAAAUGGGGAUGUUCCAGAAACAAUUGAGGGGAAGAAGGUGAUUACUCUAGACAUGGGUCUACUUGUUGCUGGGACAAAGUAUCGUGGAGAGUUUGAGGAGAGAUUGAAGAAGCUGAUGGAAGAAAUCAAACAAAGUGAUGAAAUUAUACUAUUUAUUGAUGAGGUCCAUACUUUAAUUGGAGCAGGAGCUGCAGAGGGGGCUAUUGAUGCUGCUAACAUCUUGAAUAUGCAAGCUUCAAUUGGCCCAUAGCACUUGUUAAAGUUUAAGUUUUAAAGUUCAAUGUCUUAAAAGGCAGAUUAUGAAUGUGCAAUGUCUUUUGGAAGUGAAAUUGGUUUCAUUUUACCUGUUAUACCCUUUAUAUUCAAGAGUGAGGAUUCCAUUUAAUGUAUGGACAGCAGUUAGGACAAGAAUAAGAAUGAGGAUUUCAUUUGCAUUGAAUUUGAUAAACUCUCAAAUUGCCCC